GAAAAUUCAAGAAGUAAUCUUCAGCUCUUUGAUUUGAUGUAUUCUGUAAUGUAGAGUUUCUACUCCGAGGUUGCCUUAAAUGGUAAUUUUUGCAAUUACAAUCUAUUCUUGCUAGUGUGUUUAUUGAGAUGCAUUGCACCGGCACAAAUCAAAGAGAAAUCAACGCGGAUCAGAUAAACGGCUUUGGAUUAAUUGUAGUAAAACCGUAAUUUUGAAGAUGGCGACAUUCACAGAACCCGCCACUGUAUUCAAAUUUCUUUCAUGUCUUUGUCUUGUUUUGCUUCGUACACUUUGUUUUCUAAGCCAGACAUCAAACUCAACGAAAGCACCGAAUUUUGUCGUAUUUAUAGUGGACGAUUUGGGAAUAGGUGACAUCGGGUGCUUUGGCAAUGACACAAUAAAGACACCAAACAUCGAUAAUUUAGCGUCGCAAGGAGUUAAGCUUAAUCAUAAUCUUGCACCUGCUUCGUUGUGCACACCAAGCCGUGCUGCUACCCUGACAGGCAGGUAUGCAGUUAGAUCGGGAUUUGCAGCCAAUUUGGGAGAAAAACGGGUUUUACUCGAUCUAGCCGUUUCGGGAGGCUUACCGCAGAACGAGACGACCAUUGCCGAAAUCUUAAAGGUGUCUGGUUAUCGAACGGGGCUUAUUGGAAAAUGGCAUCUUGGUUUGAACUGCGAAAAGAAUGAUGAUUCCUGUCACAAUCCAUUGAAUGCAGGUUUUCACGAGUAUUAUGGACUACCUUUCACAAAUGUUCGUGGUCAAUGUACAAGACCGGAAGAUGGCGCUUUUGAAUUAAAAAGAAUGGAAAAGAAAUCAAGGCAACUCAUCUAUGCGACUGUCGCUCUGGUAAUUGCCAUGUGGAUUUUACGAAUUUUAUCGCGUAAAAAUUCAUUACUUUUGAUUCUCAUCGUCGCAGGGAGCACGAGAUUCAUGAUGAAGUUUGUUAAGACUAAUUUCCCAAAACGCAAUUGUGUUUUGAUGCGAAACUUUGACGUAGUCGAGCAACCGGUAAAGAUGGACAAUUUAACUUUGCGAUUUACCAGAGAAGCGCAGAGUUUCAUCAAACGUUCCAAACGGCAGCCCUUCUUUCUUCUCGUGUCUUACGCCAAAGUACACACUUCUCUUUUUACCAUGCCAAGAUUUCACGGCCACAGCGCACACGGUAAUUACGGAGACAACGUGGAGGAGAUGGACUGGAGUGUAGGUGAAAUUGUAUCAAGUCUACGGGAAGAAAAUCUUCUGGAAGAUACCCUGGUCUACUUCACUUCAGACCAUGGACCACACUUAGAAGAAACUGUGGAUAGUGGGGAGUACUGUGGCGGAUGGAGGGGUCUUUAUAAGGGAGGAAAAGGGCAAAACUGGGAAGGCGGAAUCCGUGUACCGACGGUGGUGAUGUGGAAAAGCCAUCUUCCGGAAGGCGCUGUGAUCAAUGAACCCACGAGUACAAUGGAUAUUUUUCGAACAAUGAGCAACCUCGCAGAUGGAAAGAUACCCGAAGACAGACUCGUUGACAGUAAGGACAUUCUGCCUUUACUAAAACAAGAAGAAACUAUAUCGCCACACGAAUUUCUCUUCCACUACUGUGGUUCUUCCAUUCACGCUGUGAGAUACAGACCACGAACUGGCAACAAUACAUGGAAGACGCAUUUCGUUACACCGAACUGGAAGCCGGGAAAACAAGAGUGUAACAGAGAGAAAAUUUCAUGUGGAUGUUUCGGGGAUGUUACUCAACAUGAUCCACCAUUGCUCUAUGAUAUCACUAAUGAUCCCUACGAGAACACGCCACUGGAUGCAAUGAAACAUGGAGAUAUUGUUGCCAAGAUACAAGAGGCGAUUGCAUCUCAUAAAGCGGGAGUGAAAAGAGUGCCGUCACAACUUACUACUUCAAACAAUGCAUGGAAACCGUCUCUUCAACCGUGCUGUAAUUUCCCUUUUUGCGCUUGUUCAGAAUGACCACCGUCGGAAUACUUCAGGAUUUUGUGCAAUACACAAUGUAGUAUUUGAUAUGCAAAAUAUAUCAAACAAUAUUGUAAAUGAUUAUUUAAUUUAGAAAGUCGGUGAUUUAAUUCAUGGAAUCAUUAGAUUAACACCUACAUGAACUGCUUUUCAUCAAAUUAUCUGCAUCGAUCAACCAAUCAUGGACAAUAUUAAUGAAUAAAGAACUCUCCUAAGAUAUUUGAUGAGUACUCAAAAGCACCUAACGACCACUGACUGUAGUCCAACCAUCACUGCCAUCCCCAUCUGGUUUUCGUUCUCUGUCUCCGCUGUUUGUAGCAGCGCUUCCACCCUUUCGAGCGGCCGACCAAGAUCGACCUAAAGAAGUCAUCACAUGAGACACGAGUUUAUUUUCGGAUCGAAAACAUAGUGAACCAUUUAGGGAUCUUCAAAUACCUUCCGAGCGUCCAGCAGGAGGUGCAUCACGUCGCCAUGCCCCUGAAUCCCUGUCAUCCUCUCUGUUCCUCCAACGUCCCCCACCUUCCCUGUCAUCUGGCCUGCGGGGGGGACCUCUAUCAUCUUGAUAGCGAUCAUCACCUCGGGGAGGCGGCCCACGAUCAUCUCUAGUUGGACCUCUACCACCCCGCCAUGGAUCUUCUCUAAAUCCACCUGUAGUAAAAACCAAAAUGUAACAAUAUAAAUUCGACUUUGAAAUAAAUUCGAAAUAUUGCUUUGGAAAA